AUGCAACCCUCCCCUCUUGCGAACCCAUUGGCUACUAUAGCCCAGCUCGAGACCUCCGGCUCACAACUCGAUGGCAUUCCACCCGAUCUCGAAGACUCGAUACGCUUCACCGGCGCAAGGCUUACACAAGCCGCGGGAAUACUGUUGAGACUACCGCAAGAAGUUAUUGCGCAAGCGAUUGUGGUGUUUAUGCGAUUCUGGCUUGGGCCAGAAGGUGGAAGUCUUGCGGAGUUUGGCGCAGAGCAAGUCUCAGCAGCUUCUCUUUACCUGACUACCAAGCUGUCUUCAUACCCCAAAUCUGCACGGAGUCUGGUUAAUGUAUACGCAUACCUCGACUCGCUUCCCACGACUUUCUUCGACGUAGAGCAACUCCACCAAAAACAAGAUCCACUGGAGUAUUUUGUCACAGAAGGCACAUACGAGCGCCGUCGCGCAUCCCUCUUCUCCAUCGAACAACGCAUCCUGCGCACCCUUGGCUUCAAUGUGCAGGUCCAGCUCCCCUACACACUCUGCAUAACAUACCUACAAGCCCUCGAUACCUUUGCGCAUCCUCGUGCGUCAGAGCUCGCCAAACGCGCAAUCGCACACCUCAAUACUGCUCUGCUAAGCCCACAAUGUCUAUAUUUGACGCACCAGCCGCCAGCGCUGGCUACGGCAGCGAUUUACCUGGCUGCAAGAGAGACAGGAAUCAAGAUGCCAGAGUGUGAGUGGUGGGAAGUAUUCGAUACAGAUAGAGAGGUGCUGGGGUUUUUGUGUGUGGGCAUGCUGAGUUUGGAGGGAUUUGCGCAGGAAGAAAAGAAGAAGUGGGGAGGAAGUAAGAUUCCUAUGAAUGUGAAGGACUUAGAGAGGGAGAUGAACAGGAGAAAAGAGGUAGAUGGUUAAGGCGCCCGGCAACAGUCACAGUCUUUCCCCCGACCUUCCAAAUACAUGGCAUCUGACAGGAUUUACACACUGAUAGCGGUGUUACCGCACAUUUCCCGGGGGUUCCAUGGCCUCAUAAUGUCUUGCCUGCACAAACAAUGUGGACGGUUCAAUGACAUUUGUCGCACAAUACAUGCUGUUACAUCUUGGAUCUUUCCUAUUAAAGGAAACCUCCUUUGAAUCGAAAUGAAAACCAAAAUAAAGC